AUGGCGGAGAAAGACUUCGCCGGCAGCGAGUGCGUUGAGGUGAACGGGCAGGACUUAGAGCGGUCUUGCCGUGAUCAUGAUCCGGCCGCCGCUGCAGAAGGUGUGAGCAGAGGCCUAGCCAUCGGGCUUUUCGUACGGGAGUUGAUGGUGGAGGGCGUGGCGUCGUUCCUGCUGGUGUUCUGGUCGGCCGUGGCGGCGCUGAUGCAGGAGAUGCACGGCACGCUGACGUUCCCCAUGGUGUGCCUCGUCGUCGCGCUCACCGUCGGCUUCGUGCUCUGCUGGCUCGGCCCCGCGCACUUCAACCCCGCCGUCACCCUCACCUUCACCGUCUUCGGCUACCUCUCGUGGGGCAAGAAUCAGACAGCAGGAGGGCUGGCCAUCGGAGCUGCCGUCGGCACCCUGGGUCUCGUCAUCGGGCCGGUGUCCGGAGGGUCGAUGAACCCGAUCAGGACGCUGGGCCCGGCCAUCGUACUCGGCAGGUACACCUCCGUCUGGAUCUACCUCGUCGCGCCGGUCGUCGGGAUGCUCAUCGGCGCGCUGUGCAACCGGCUCGUUAGGGGCUCCGACGCCAUCCUCGCCUUCCUCUGCGGCACCAAGCCGAGAGCGGUGGCGCCCAGAACCACGACGCGCGCCGUUGGAGCACUUGCGUCGCCGCAACUACUAGCCGGCUAG